AUGAAGGUCGUUCCAAUUUCUGACGUUAAAGUUAGUGUAGCGGAAGUAUGUGAGGUACGCGGAUCUGGCUUGGAAGCUCAUGAACUUCUUUCACUAGCUGCAGCUGCAGCAGAAGUUCUACCACCUUGUCCCCGUGGAACAGUUUUCGAUAUCGAAAACGUCUUCAUUUCCAGUAAAGGAAAUGUGGAAAUCAAAACAGUACCGCAGUCGUCCGUCGACCCGUGUUUCGUUCCACCAGAAUGGUCGAAAAACGAGGAUGACCCCGGUGCAGCAGCCGUCUAUUGUAUGGGAGCCGUUCUGAGAGCGGCCGGAGCUGAACAUGCCGCCGAUGUGGAUUUAUUCUCAUUAGUGAACAUCCUUACGGUUGGUAUGGUUGGAACGAGGCCGACGGCUCAUCGAAUGGGUCUCAUGGCAAAGAAUCAACUUCGUGGGCGUGAUGCAAAGGUGUGUCUGAUCACGAUUUACGAAGAAAUCAUGGGUGAUGAAGAAUCCAAUCAGUUAGACGAUGGCGAUUUCUCGAUGGAUGAGGAUGAAGAUAUUGAAGCGUUGCUGGGUAAUACGCCACAUCGUCAAUUGUCGAAUGGAGUUUUGCCGACGGUGACCGUAACGAGUUCAUCCCAGCCGUCGGUGAAAAAAGCUGUUGAUUACUUCGACGAAGACGAUGAGAUGGAAUCUCGAGGGCAUUCUGCUUCGACGUCUUCCGGUCUCAGCACUCAUAAGGACUCGUCACCAUUCUUUGUCGAUCAUGAGUCAGAUUCAAAGAAAGAUGAACCUCGAACUUCAACACCUCCUUCGGCUGUUCCUCAUGAAUCAUUGGGCAAUUUGGGUAGUCCGAUUGUCAGCGAUUCUCAUAUAAAUGAGACCUACAUCGAAGAACACACGAUAGAUCUCGACGUGUCGUUUGAUAAACCAUCCGAUAUGAACAUCGGUAACUCGAUGAAGGUUCUACAAGAUAAACGAUCGAAUGGAGGGGUGACGAAAACGAUUACGCAACUUGAUGAUAAUGAGGACGAACCCACGACGGGUUCGGUACCUCAUCGAGAUUCAGUGGAGAAAAAGCCCAUGUCUGAAAAGAGAGAGAAAAUACGCAAGCAGCUGCCUAAUAUGGAUUCCAUUCUGGGCACCUCUACAGAGUCGGAUGUUGAUCAUCGCAAGCCGAAACCUCAACCGAAGCAUGCUCCGUUACUUCACAAGUUUUCAUCAUCUGAUGAAGAAAUCGUACAAGCUCGUUUCGAUGACGAGGAUGAACCACCUGUUCCUCCCAGAAGGAGAAGCUAUUUCGAUGAGAUAGGUGAGUGA